CUUGCAACUUCGUUGGUGAGGGUCGGCACCACCAUAGUUGUACUGCCCAGGUCGCAGUUCGCCGGCAACCAAACCACUGCUCUCCGCCGACCACCGGCGUCCAUUCGUGCAACCAACCAGCCCACCUAAGGUUCCCGUCUGCCGUCGCCCUUCAUCAGCUUUCAUUGGCCGCUGCGAGCAAGAGAGACAUUCCAACUCCGCCGCAGCGACCUUGAACCUCUGUAGCUAAACCCAGCACCGUCGCCAGUUGUCCUUAUUUCAGUUUGCGGCUCAUCUUCUCCGUUGCUUCGUCUUAGUCGCCGCCCCUGUGUAGUCUAGGCCGCAAGCGUUUUUGGGUGAGGAGUACUGCCGCCGUUGGACGUCGGGCUUCCGUUGCCGAACCCCAGAGCACUUCGGUGAUAUCAAGGAUCGCUCGCCACUGCCGUCUACUGCCUGUGCCGUUGCCGUUCUUCCCUGGGUGCGGAUCCAAGACUUCCAAUUCAGCCGCCUCCGCUUGCAAGGGUACGCAGGGAUAGCCGGAUAGAUAUGACAUCGCGGCUGGAGAUGUUCCAAAGCUUCGACAAGGAUGGACCUCGCGGUAGUGACCAGGGGCGCUCUGACAAGAAACCAAAGGCUCCCUCCGUCACCAAAGGAAAGGAUGCUAUCGUAACCAUGCCUUCAUCCGUGGCGAAACGCAAGGCUCCUAGUACCGCAGCCUACAUCACCCGGAGCAUGAGUGACAUUCCCACUACGGGGAUGACUACUUGGUUACGAGGAAACAUAGAGUUGCCCCCGCUCUUAUCACUGACAAUCCCGACGACUGAGAAGGAGCAAAUUUUAGCACUUGACAACGUUGCUCUAGAGAGGAGGAGUCACCAUGGCCUGGCAGAGUUAACGUUCCUAUUUCCCUGUCACUUUUUAUCUAUACAUCUCGUGAUACUAAUAUUUACCUUUUUUUGUAGCUACUGACAUUCAUCUCCGAGGUGAACCGAAGGAAGGACGAGCGCGAGCAAGAGUUGUUGCUACAACUUACCGAACUGGCAAAAGAGGUGGCCUCGCUCAAGCUUAGUCGUGAUUCACAUGCAGCCGAGGUCGCGACGCUCAAAGACAUGCACGCCGUGGAGUUGGCGAAUGCAAGAGGUCAGGCCGUGGAUGCAUACAAGAAUUCUUCAGAGUUUGUGUCUGAUCGAGAAGCUUACAUCAGUGCCCACCUCGGUGACAUUAGCAAGCAUUGGUUGUCUACUCCAGAUGGCCGUGAGAAACUUGCCUUAGAGAGCUACAUCUCCUACCAGGUCGGGAUAUAUGCCACUCAAUAGAAAAUAUAUCCUAUCUUGAGGGAUAAGGCUGGUACCUCUUGCAUCACUGUUGGGGACUUCCUCCUGAGGUUCCCAACCACGAGAUCUCGGUGGCUGAUUCCCUUCGGGAGGACAUUCCUUUUGCCAGAUCCCCUACUGAUGAGGAGCUUGGUGAUCCCCCCUCCGAGAAAGAUAAAGGGAUUCAUAUGUCAUUCACCUUGGAUCACCCCAGCUUUGAUCGCUUCCGUGCCUUAGAGCGUCCACAAGACUGAUAGAUGGGUGUAGUGUAGACUUCAAUUCCGACAUGUCUUUCCUUAUGAGUACUUGAAUUGCAAAACAUGUUUUGAAUUUCACAAAAUAAUAAUGAUGCAUGUCUUAU